AUGGGCCAGUACUUGCUAAAAUUGCUGCAUCUUGCUGUUACUAUCAUCGAAAAAACUUACAAUGAUGUUAGAUGUGGUUGUUUGAGCUCUAACUCUACUUUUGAUAGCAUGGACUCUAUCGUAGCUUCUUUCAAAAGCUUUGGUAGCUCUCCUCUUUUUAACAAAUGGAGAGAUAAAGAUGUUAUUGAUGGUGUACUAUCUACUGCAAUAAUUCAAUCCAUUGAGAGGCUUUUGAAGGCUCUGGCUAAACUUUAUGAUGAAAGUUCUGAAUGCUCAAGGGAUCUUCAGUUUGAGAUUGUCCAGCUUGACAAAACAGACUCAAACAUUUCUGUUCAUGAUUCUGUCCAACUAAAUACCAAUAGAAGUAUGAUUCUGGACAUGGAGUUGGAUGUGAAUGAUGAUUUUAAAGAUCUGGAUUUUUUCACUAUUGGUAGGACGAUUGGCACUGGCAUAUCCAUUUCUGCAGUGAAUUGGAAGAUGGACAUCAUAUCAUUAAUUUCAAGUUUUUUCUCUAUAUUACCAUUUGUUACAUGGGAAACCUUGUUCAACCUUAUGCAGAAAGAAAGUGACACAAGAGUGUUGGAAAAUCUUCUAGUUAAUCUUUGUCAACAUCCUCAAUGGUCGUCUUCCCGAAAGUUUUCAGACCUGGUUAUAUCAUUGAAUGACCUUGUAGAUUUGAGAGCAAACCUUAAGCUCCCGUGUCUAGAGAUAAUUGCUGCCAUCUGUUGUUUGCUGCAGACCCUUUUAUCACUAGACAUGAUUGCGGAUAAUGAGAAUGAUACUCUGCCUUCAAGGGGAAGAGUACCCGAGCAGAGCUUGAUAUCUCUUGGAGAUUUGGUGAGCAAAGUUGCUGAAAAUGAUCUUUUUCACUGGUUCGGUCGGGUUAAGCUGAUUGAUUGCAUUUGCAAUUUCAUAUUACUUAGACCUCACAUUGGCCAGACCAUGAUUGAAAAGCUGCUGCUGAUGCUCCGAGAUCCUGAUUAUCGAGUUAGGUUUUCCCUGGGAAGACGGAUUGGUGUCCUUUUCCAAACAUGGGAUGGUCAUGAUGAGCUCUUCCAGGAUAUAUGUUCAAAUUUUGGUGCAAAGUUGGUUGUUUCCUCAAAAAAAGAACUUGUUACUGCUAAGGAGGUUUUAGCUGCUGGUCCUCAGCCUCGUCCAACGAUGGAAACCAUUAUUAUUACUCUCAUGCAUAUUGCACUACACAGUGAGAAAAUAGAGUUGGAGGCUGUUUUUAUGAUGUGUGUAGUUGCUGCAAUUGAUCCUUGUCAGAGGGAACUGGUGGGUGCAGUGCUUGAUAACCUAUCAAGACAGCUCCAGUAUACUACACGGACAAAGUAUAUGGAGGAACUAAUGGGGCAAAUUCUUUUUUGCUGGGUAGCUUGUGGUGUGAGCUUAGUUGCUCUUGUUGAGACAAGGGGCCUUUUUGUCUUGAAUGUGGAACCUAUUAAUUUCAUACAGUUUUGUUGCCCUUGGCUUCUUCCAGCUCUUAUUUUGCAUGGGGACAUCUCCAACAUGUAUUGGAUUGCUAAGGUUGCUUGUCAGCCUUCCGCAGUUUUGGUUAAAAAUCACUUUGUGCCAAUCUUUGCGGUGUGUAUAACAUUGCAUUGCAGUAAGAAAUCUGGGUGGGAAAAGGGAGCAACAGUACUGCAGAGUUCAAUUCUGAGUAUUGCUGAGAUGUCUGAGAAUGAAAGGGACAAACUCAUAAGGAACCAUACGAACAGUUGUGGAUCUUUUGUGUCGUUGGAUGAGGGUGUUAGGAAGGUUUCUAUUGUCAACCAUAUCUGUUCUCUUGCUUCUUGUGCUUCAGACCCAGUACUUCCAUUCUUUUGCAAGGAUGCGGUUGAGAAUGCUAUUCAAACAGUUGUUGAUGGAUUCUUGGAGAUGGAGGAUCAUACUAGAAUCUCUGGCAUUCUUGACAAGAUUAACAUUUUCCGCCCAGAUAGAGUAUUCAUGUUUAUAGUUGAAAUGCAUUACAAAAUUACAGCAGCAGUUCAUUUUCGACACAAACGAAACAGGUUGGCCGGAGUUGAGGUGCUAGUUAAUGUUCUUGGGCAUAGAGCUGCAGUUUCUAGCACUUCGAAGUUUGCUCCCAAAUGUAUGCUUGUGCCCUAUAAUCCCCCUGGAAAGGGCCUCUCAGAUGUGGAUAUACAUGAGCCUAGUCAUGCCUUGUGGAAGGUUUCUAUUGUCAACCAUAUCUGUUCUCUUGCUUCUUGUGCUUCAGACCCAGUACUUCCAUUCUUUUGCAAGGAUGCGGUUGAGAAUGCUAUUCAAACAGUUGUUGAUGGAUUCUUGGAGAUGGAGGAUCAUACUAGAAUCUCUGGCAUUCUUGACAAGAUUAACAUUUUCCGCCCAGAUAGAGUAUUCAUGUUUAUAGUUGAAAUGCAUUACAAAAUUACAGCAGCAGUUCAUUUUCGACACAAACAAAACAGGUUGGCCGGAGUUGAGGUGCUAGUUAAUGUUCUUGGGCAUAGAGCUGCAGUUUCUAGCACUUCGAAUUACAUUUUCAACUUGGUGGGCCAAUUCAUCAGCUGUCCUACUUUAAGAGAUCAAAGUUGUUCUAUUUUAUCGACAUUGCUCAAAACUUUUAGAAGUAACCCAUCAAAAGAGACUACUUGUGUUCUAGGUGAACUUAUUCAGUUUUUGGUAUCUAAGUUGGUUGAAUGUUGCACUCCCACUGAUUGUAUUGGUGAAAAUUUCAUCAACAAUUUGUCUGAAGUCCUGUCACUGCUUCAUCAGCUUACUGUGGAAUCUGAUCCGUCUCUGCAUCGUUAUCUCAAAGAGUUGGAACCAUUCCCUGAAUUAGAUGUAUUUGAUAGAAUACGGAAGUUCCAGCAGGACUUAUCCGAAGAUUACUCACCCAGAGAUCACUUGUUGAAGUUUGUGCAAAGAUCUUGCUACCUUCCGCCGAGAUUACUUGUGUGGAGUCUGAAAGCAUUGCACAAGAAGUUGUUCAUGGGGGAAACUAAUCAGAGAGACCUGGAUGGAGAAGAUAUUUACAAAACAGCAUAUUGGCACUCCGACCAUGAAAUUGUACAUGCUGUCUGGACUCUAGUUCACAUGUGCAGUUUGGAUGACACACAGAGUUUUGGAACAUUGGUUUCAGAUUUUGUUUCUAGGCUUGGUAUUGGUGAUCCGCAUCGUGUUGUUUUCCAUCUUCCUGGGGAUUCUUGGCAUAUACAAACUUGCCGACUGCCUAUUUCUGACAGUGCUACUGAAAGCUGUUUUGUCAUGGAUACGGGCAUUUCUGAUGAACUUUUAAAUGCACUUAUUAGGCUUUUGAAGAAGUAUUUGAUGGAUGAUUCAGUUAAAAUAAUUGAUAUAACCUCACAAGCUUUACGAGGGAUACUUUCAACUGAAAGGGGUCAAAGAGCUUUACUGUCGUUCAAUUCUUACGAGAGGUCUCUUAUCGAGGUUCAUUCCAAGGGGAUUAAUGUUGAGCUAGUACAAAACUCUCUGGCGGAUCUAGAGAGAAAGUUUAAUGGUAACAAUAUCAAGUUUGAAGUUUAUGUGGUUUCGUUUCUAUAG